AAAAAAAAAAUCUUAUCAUUUUCGUCUUAAUUUUGCGGAGAUUUUAUGAGUUUAUUUUUGCGACCAAAUUUCUGGCGUGGGAUGAAAAAAAUACGAUAAGAUAAGAGCGUGCAUGUUAAACUGAAUCGACACAAUGCGAUCGCCUACGCCAAAUUGGAUUGAAUUUUGCAGAAUUUUUUUUUUCAUGUGAUUCACAUCAUGCUGAUAUAGCUUACGACUAUUUCUGUUCUUAUCCUGCUUUUGCUAUUCCACCCCGAAAUUUAGUGACGAAAAGAACAACAACGCACUUUUCUGCGAAGAAAUAAUACGAAACUGGAUGGCAAUUUUCUAACGAGAAGCGAAAGAUAGACAGACAGAAAGCGAAAAUGAGUCAAGUUGUGUGCAGUCCGUUGGGUGGGAAGGUUGGCGAAAAACUCGACAGUUUUUUCCAGCGAAAGAAUUGCUUCAUCGAAGUGAAUCCCGGACACGUUAUUAUGCCAAAAAAGUACCAGGAUAUUUCCGAAGAAAUUAUCAACACCGAUGUUCGGCUAGAUGACAUCUGGAUGAUUUCUUAUCCACGCACAGGUUCAACUUGGGCACAGGAAAUGGUUUGGCUUCUUGGUAAUAAUUUGGAUUAUGAGGGCGCCAAGAGCAUACAAACAUUACGAUCGCCACUUCUUGAAAUGACUGCAAUCAUGUAUGAAGACUAUACGGAAUGGGUGAAGAAUUCGAUCGGAAACUCUGUGCAACAGGUUAGCAACAUGCCAAGCCCCCGUUUUAUCAAAUCGCAUUUACCAUUACAGCUCCUGCCAACAAAACUGACCACAGUCAAACCGAAGAUUAUUUACGUGGCACGCAAUCCAAAGGAUUUAUGUGUAUCAUUUUAUCACUAUUGUUUGCUGAUACACGGUCUAGUUGGAACAUUUGGGGAAUUCUGUGAAAUAUUUUUGAGUGACAACGCACCAAUUGGACCCGUUUGGCCACACUGUCUGACCUUCUGGAAUAUGCGUCACGAACCAAACGUACUGUUUCUGAAGUACGAAGACAUGAAAAAGGAUUUACCGUCAACGAUUUUUCGGUGUGCCAAGUUUUUGGGUGUAGAAGAUCGAAUAACGGACAUAGACGUGACACAAAUGUGUGAUCACUUGAAAUUCGAUCGAAUGCAAAAGAAUCCAGCGGUUAACGUUACAUCAUAUUUACCGGUGAAUGGUGAAAAUGAUAAGAAUGUUCAGUUCAUACGAAAGGGCCAAAUUGGUGAUUGGAAAAAUUACAUGUCAGACGAAUUGUCUGCACGAUUCGAUGAAUGGAUCAGAAAAAACACCGAAGGCACCGGAUUAGAAUUCGAAUACGAAUAACGAGCAUAAGACAAUUUAUGCCUUUGAUAUUAUAAUAUUUGCUUCAGAAAAAAAAGUAGAUUACACGAGCAAAAAUGUAUUGAUAAGCCUUUUCUUGCUUAAAUAAAACAAAAAAUAGAACAAACACACGCUGUGAACCC